CAAAGAAAACGAUUUUAAUAUUGUAUAUAAAUAUAUUAAUAUUUAGGAGUGUAAAAACUUGUGUGCUAAAUUGCAAAUUUAUUCAAAGAAGUGCCACUUUUCUUCGCAACAGCAGGUGUGAAUUGUUUCAACAAUUAUUAAGCAAUUUUUGUAAUAUUACCUAUACAAAAAUCGUCAUGGAGUCUAAUACUAAGUCAAAGGAGGUGAAGGAAAAUCUGGAAUCAAACAACGUAAUGGAAGAAUUAGCCACGGAGGUCGAAAUAGAAGAUUCUUCGAAUAACAGCGAAGAUAUGGAUGUCGAAUUGUCAACUCAGAAUAAAAUACAAGCCACAGAAACUGAGACAAAAUUAAUUGGCAGUGAAGAACAAGAUGGGACAGAAGGAAUGAAGGCAAUUUACGAAAAUAAUAAGGAAAGAGAUGAUCAUAGUCUUAGUAUUAAUGAUUUAUUGGAAACGGUGAUUGUACGAAAUCGAUCUGAAAAAGACUUAGAAGAUAACAGAGAAACAACCAAUGCUUCGCCCAAAUUGACAUCUACAGCAACUGCUCUAACUGAACAACUGAAUGGUAAAGAAUGCAAGUCAGAUGGUAAUGAAGAGAUCGAAACUAUAAAGAAAGAAAUAAAGGGAAAAGAUGAAAUAGGAUUCGUAGUGGAAGGGGAUAAGAUCGACUUAAGCGUAGAUAAUAUAGUAGAAAACAAAGAAGUUAAAAUAAAUGAGAAUGCUGAACCAGCCGUAGGUCUCUUAUCCGCUAAGCCGCAAAAUUCGAAGAAUGAAAUUGAUAAAUUGCAACCAGAACAUCAGCUAAAAGGGGAAAAUACUGUUAAGGAUAUCAUUUCGGGCAUCGAUUUAAGUGUAGAACAGGAAAAUUGUGAAUUACUAAAGCAACAACAAAAGGAAUUACUUCACAGACAACAAGAGCUUGUCGAACAAAUACGACAACAACAAUUAAUUGCUAAGCAGUUAGCCGCAGAGAAUCAGCUUCACCAACAACAAUUGCAGCAGCGAGAACAACUAGAGUCUCCCACACAACAGGAAGCACACAAAAUUACUAGUACACCCAAUCAAAAACCUACUCCAUCAAGUUCUCAGCUCCAGGAAAACACUUCUAAAUUUCUGACAGUUGAUAAAAAGAAAGACGAAUAUGAUUACACACAAAGUACAGAAACUUACGAAUACAAGGAGUCAACAAACGCUCCAAAACAUAUCGAUUUGCUCAAAAUCUUUACGCCAGCGACAGAUGCCAAUGAAAUUGUUCCAAGAAAUCGCAAAUUGUAUUCCUCAUCGGCGUUUUAUUCACCUGCAUUGCAUCCAACGGUGGAAGAUCAGGUGGAACUAGCACGCAGAAUAUCACAUUCAUUGAGCGACAUAAGCAACCAGAAAUCGAAAGGCCAAUCAAUGUAUGUGAACCGCAAAAAACGCUCUGUUAAAUGGGUUCACGAAGGUGCUGGGCAAGAUUCAUCUGCCAAGGAACAAAGUUAUCAGGAGGAAUUCAAAGAAAAUAAUGCGUCUCUUAACAAUACAACACAAUCACCAACUCUAAACUCACCACUAAAUCAAGUGCCUCUUCGAUUUUUAAUGAAUCCUUUUGGAAAGGUUCGUGACAUAACGUCAGUGAGCGACUCAUUUAAUAUUGAAACUGGUCUUUUGUCUCCUAAUAAAUGUGCGGAACUCGUGACGGCGUUACACACUCAAAAAGGCAAAGGUGCUGAACUUUUUGCUAAGCGCCGCAGGAAAUCUGAGAAAUGGGUAGUUGAUGAUACAAAUACAGGCAUUGAAAGUCCAUCCGGUCUUCCAGAUUACCAUCAGCAGCAGUCACAGUUCAAGCCAGCAGCAUCUCCGAGUAUUUUACCUGCUUAUUCUGACGCCGGAAAGCACCGUGUACAAUUGAAUUUGCAUCAAGAGCAAGUGCUAGAAAAAUAUAUUAAACCUGGUUUGAAAGUAGUUAAAACGCCAUGGGAAGCAGCACUUGAGACUGGUUCAGCUAGCACAGCUUUUAUAGACGACGUUCAACAUACUCAGCAUGCAAAAACACCAACAUUAUCUCCAAUCCCAGUAACGGAUUAUAAAUCUAGUCACCACAACACUACCAACGCAGUGGCAUACAAGAACGACUUCACAGCUGAUUACAGCAUAACACCUUCUCAUGAGCAACCACAGAAAUAUUUUCCAUCAGUCAAACCAAACUUCGGCCACAAUCCUCAACGAGAGCUGGCAUAUAAGCCAAGUUUAGCAAAAGGUUGGAAGGCGCCCAGUCCUUCACUACCAAAAGAAGAUGGUGAGAAGGUUGAUGAUCCGAAUGAAUACACUUAUGAAAUAACGAGCUAUGAGAAAGAAGUCGUCACUGACAGUAACAAAAUCAAGUCGCUAGAAUUUCUUGACAAUUUUAUGCGUUCACCAAGCCCAAUAAGAGAUAUAAACUUAGAUUUAAAAGAUGUGGGUAUUGAAAGACAGCUUCAAGAAUUAUAUAAUGGACAGGAAGUGGAGAGUGACAAAAUCAAUAGCAAAUCAGAGUGUGUAAAUGUGAAUGAGCAAUUGGAAAAUUUAGAACACAACAACAUUCAAUUAAUAAAAAAAGAGAAAAUAGAUACAAAACGCUUAGAAGAACAACAGCAAUUGAACCGAUCACUAUCGGAACUUCAAGAUUUUAAGAUGAAAAAAAAACAAAAAAACGAAUACAUCAAAAUUGCAGUUCAUGAACUAAUAUCUAACUAUGAGCAACAUCUAGUGAAUAUUGAUAAAAUUCAUGAAAGUGACCCCUUAGAAAGAGCGUUAUCGUCAUCAUUGUUUAGAGCAAAUCGAAAGGUGGACCAUAUUCCGAGUAAACUUAGAACUCAUCAAUUACGAAAUCAAAAUGAAGAGCUAUAUUUACCUAAGGAGAUAUCAUUGGAAAGUUAUGCUCCACCACCGGUGAUAACCAUGAAGGAACCCGAGAACUUAAAGUCACCUCGAGGUUUCGCAUCAACAAUGCUUCCCAGAACUAGUACCUUCCCUUUGGCGAAACGAAAUCCUGUUGAAUUCAGAAGUUACGGUCAACCAAACAGCAGUGGACAAGUACAACAAGAAACUUCUCAGCUUGUGCCACAAAUAAAUUAUAAUCCAUCACCAUUACCUUAUGACAAGAUCGCUAAGUUCGAGAAUGUUGGCGAGCAAGCACGAAACAAUGAUUACAACCCACAAUUUCGUCGACUAUCUGUUAAGUCUGAUGUAGACAAAAUUCAAAAUAUUCUGUCAACAUCAUUCGUAGAAAAUGGCGAGUGGUUGACAACUUCGCCAUAUCAUUCUAAGUUUCCGACAACUAAUAUAAAUUAUAUUGAGACCCCUUCUAUUGUCCACACAAAACGAAUUAAUCCCAUAGCUUUAUUGCAUGGUCAAAAUUAUAAUAACACAGCGCGUGGUUGGAAGUCAAGUGACACAUGUUCCUGUAAGUCGCCAUGUGAUAACAGUUUUAAGACCCCCAAUAUUGGA